GAUGGUGAGAUUCAUCCCGAAAUCUGUAGACUAUACAUCCAGUUGCAGUGUUGCUUAGAAAUGUACACAACAGAAAUGCUUAAAUCCAUAUGUCUUCUAGGAUCUCUGCAGUUUCAUCGGAAAGGAAAAGAACCUUGUGCCCCACCCAAGAUCCUAGAUACUAAAGUGGAGGAGAGUUCUGAAGUACCUAUUUUAGAAGAUACGUCAUCAUCACCAACAGAUAUUCAACAGCAUUUAUGGCAGGUUUCCACAGAUAUUGAAAACACUGAAAGAGAUAUGAGAGAAAUGAAAAACCUUUUAAGUAAACUCAGGGAGACUAUGCCUUUACCACUGAAAAAUCAAGAUGAUAGCAGCCUCCUAAACUUGGCUCCAUAUCCAUUGGUAAGAAGACGGAAACGAAGAUUCUUUGGACUGUGUUGUCUUGUCUCAAGUUAGAAGAUUAAGUACAGAAGCACCAAGAAAAUCAUAACUUUGAUUAAACCGCUAUUAUUUGACCACUGAAAAGAUGAACACAAGUACUCUUGAUUAUAAAGUACAUUUUCUACACUAGCCUAUUCCUUGUCUAUUCUGCUCCAUCCCCCUUUUCAAAACAAGGGUUUUAAUUGUUUAAAGUUAUGGUAGUCAAAAAACAGCUGUGGAAUAGAUCUAGCAAAAUUAAGAAUGUUUUUAAAACUUUUUAAGGUAUGUUUUGCAUGCUUACUUUCAACCACUCAGAGAAAAGACACAUGAAUUAUGGUUAAUAGAUAAUUUUAAAGGGUUUUUUUAUUGUUUGAACUGCAGCUAAAAGUUUGUGCAUAGUACAGUACUCUUAAUAGUAUCAUAUUAAAAUACUUGAUCAUAUUCUAACAGUCUUUAAGCAUAGAAAACUAUUU